UGCAGCGGUUUUUUCGUGUUUGGAGUAUGAAAUAUUUUGGUUUUAAUUAAAUUAAUACGAAAAAGUCUUAAAGUUACCAUCAAAAUGAGUGAUGUGGAAUCAUCCAGUAAAGUGUUAACUAGGAAGCAACGAAAAAUGAAAUCCAUGAGUUAUAUGCAAUUUGAUUCUGAAACUCUUUCAAGUGGCUCCGAAGAAAUUCAAUUGAAAAGGAAGACCAUUUCAAACAAUGCAGAAUCUCCUUCCAAAAAAACAAAGAAGGUGAAAAAAACUAAAGUGAAGAGAUUAAUUGAAAAUGCUGAUGUGGAUGAUGGAACACCUGUUGCAAAGAUUAAGCGAAGGAAUAAAACCAGUAACAAGGAAAAUGUUGAAAUGGGAACGCCUGUAAUAAAGAAGAAAAAGCUGAAGAAAGAACCUACUUUAGAAUUGUCCGAUUCUGAUGUUGCACUCAAACAUCCAGCCAUUGAAGAAAAGUUAGAUGCUAUGUCUGGGAAGAAGAAAAAAGUUAAAAAAUCUAAAAAGAUUGUUAAACAAGAAAGUGCUAUUAGUCCAGAAAUUGUUAAAAAGAAAAGUAAGAAGUCUAAGAAAGCAGUACUGGAGAAGCAAAGUAAAGUUGAAAGUGAAUCUCCGAACACCAGUGAUUUUAAGAGUGUUGAUGAAUCAAUUAAAGAGAAAUCAAAUUCAGAUCUAAGUCCUGAUAUUCCUGAAACACCAAGUGUGAGAAAAUUGUCUCAGCUUUUUGAGCAAAAUAAAAUUGAUAAAAUAAGCAGUCCGCUCAGAAGGAGCACGAGGACAGUUAAAUUAAUUAAUAGUGAUAAAAUUAAUACGAGUUAUGAAAAUGCUAGAAAUACAUUUGUAAAGAAAGCAGAAGAUAGCCCCAAACAAAAACGGAAUUUGAUAGAAAAAAGUUCACAGAAAAAAUUAGUAGGUGGAGAUAAAAAGAAGAGUAAAGUUGUAAGUAGAGAUAAAUCAAAUUUGAAUGUAUAUAAUUUACAUGAUAUGUUUGAGGACUAUAACAAUGAAGUACUUGAGAAAAAUUUCAAUGAAUCGAGAUUGUCUGCAGGCAGAUUAUCAAAAAUUUCCUCUCCCAUACCAGUUGAAAGUAUGGAAAUAGAUGAUGAAAAACCUUUCAACUAUAAUAUUUUUGAUGAAAAUCUCACUUUAGAGAAAUCCGCUUUUGCUGGUAAUUCAAGUGGUGCAAGUAGAAAGCUUAGUAGUAGAAAAUCUAUGAGUACCCCUAUGAAAUCCAAAAAUUUUGUGGAAGAUGAAGAUAAGGUAUUUGAAAAAUCGCCCAUUCAAGGAAAUUUGUUAGAUUUAACUAAACGUUUAAGCGUGAGAAAAGCUAAUAGCAUCACUCCAAAAAUUAAAAAGUUUAUGGAAAACGAAUGUGAAGAAAAAUUACCAAUUGAGCAAAAUAUAGAUGAUUCAAAAAAACGUGCGAGCUUAAGAAAAGUAAAUAAUAUUACACCUAAAAUUAAGAAGAUCAAGGAAAAUGUAGAAAAAAUAGCUGUUGCGGAAAAUGCAGAAGAUUUAACAAAACGUUUAAGUACGAGAAAAACUAAUAGUAUCACUCCGAAAACUGAUAAGAAAAAUAUGGAAAAUGAAGGGGAAAAUUUGGAAGAUUUAAGUAAACCAUUAAGAGCGAGAAAAGCUAAUAGUGUCACACCGAAAAGCAAUAAGGUAAAUGAAGAUUUUGAAAAAUCGCCUGUUGAAGAAAGAUUCGAAGAUUUAACUAAACGCUUAAGUACUAAAAUAACUGAUGGUACCACUCCGAAAACUAAUAAGAAAAAUGUAGAAAAUGAAGACUUUGAAAAAUCGCCCGUUGGAGAAAAUUUGGAAGAUUCAAUUAAACUUCUAAGUACGAAAAAAGCGAAUAGCAUAACUCCUAAAAAUAAAAAAGAAGUAGAGUAUGAAGACUUUGAAAAGUCGCCUAUCCAGGGAAAUUUAGAUGAUUUAACAAAGCGUUUAAGUUCAAGAAGAUCCAAUAGAGCUACACCAAAUAAAAGCAAAUGUCAAACAGAAGUUGGCGAUCAAGAACAAAACAAAACACCAAAAUCAUUAAGUAAAAUAAAAUCAAGUGUAGCUGCUAAACCUAAUAACAAAUCUGCAGAGAAUAAUGAUCCGAUUGAGGGAAACUUAACUGAAUUAACAAAACGUGUUAGUGUGAGAAAAUCGAAAACUCCAAUUAAGAAGUCUGUAAAAGCGUCCAACGGUAUUGAAAAUGAAUGCAAUAAGACUGUAUCAGUUAUCAAGGCACCUAUUAAUAAUUUGCAGAACACGCCUCAGAGAAAAAGAAUAAGCGCAUUGAAGAUAGCAACGCCCAAGGCAAAGAAACCUCUUGAGAAUGAUGCAACUGAUACAGCGAAAACAAGGAAAAUAAGUACUUCCAAAUGUUUUACGGCAAAAGAAAAGAAGAGGAUUAAGUCUCCAACUGAAUCUGCCGUUCGUAAAUCGUCCGAAAGAAAAAGGGCUUCUGGAGAUUGUAAACUUACAAAUACAAUGGAAAUCAAUGAUGAUGUUGAAACAAAAGUGAAAUUAAAUAGUCCAUCUCGUGUUAGGAAAUCGAUAUACACUAACAUCGUGAAUAAUAUUAAUGCGAAUUCAGCUGAUUUCAUAAAUUCACCAAAAGCUGCCACCGAUAUGUUUACAAAAGUCGAUGAAAAUUCGUUUAUGCUGAAUUCGGGUGAUGGAAAACUUGGCGAUACUCCUAAUAAUGAAACGUUUCCAGCGAACACCACAUUCGAAUUAACGUCUCCAAAUAAAACUUUUGGAAGUGGAUCCAAGAAAAAGUCAAGUGGCAAUAAGCGGAAUACGUUCGAAUUAAAACCGGAGGACUCUUACCUUCAAAGUUCGAAGAAGAGAACCACUUUUGAGUUGGAACCGGAUGAAUCGUUUAUACAAAGCGCCAAGAGGAGAACUCUGGGAGAACUUAAUUCCAAUAAGAAAGUGAAUGCGAAAGGUAAAUCUAAUAUGAGAAAAAACGUGGUCAUGAAUUUGUUUAACGCCGAUUUAGGGAACGAAACUCCACCCUGGCACAACGUCACCGAUGAUGCCAAACUGUUUAUUAACGACAGUUGCGUAAACCUAAAAAUGUCGCAGAAACGUGUCGUGAUAAACACGCCUCCAUCAGGAGUCAGCACCCCUUAUACAAGCAAAUUUGUAGGUAACAGAUUAAGCAACGUGACCAAGUUGAAGAGCUCAAUGAAGAAGCCGGCCGUAGUUAAGGGAGGAGUGCAAGUUAGCAGCAAAGCCAUAUCGAAGACUUACGUCAGAACGAAAUUGCCAAAUUUCGUGAAAAUCCGCAAAGAAGCUUUGAACAAAUUGGAAAGCGUCGAAGAUCAUGCAAUCAGGAAAGCGGAGAGAGCCAAACUGCUUCUAUCCGGAUGCAAAGUAGCUAUAGGUCUAUCAAAAAAUACUUCCGAGAAGAAAGCCGCAAAAUCUCCAGUUAAAGUGAGUCCCAAUAAAACCGUUGCUACGCCGAAAAAAGCAGUAGGAUUUGCCGUUGACGGUCUGAAGACGCCGAAGAGGACGAUAAAUUCGAGGCUUGCAACUCCAGCGAAAGUAAUUAUUCCCCCAAUGCCCGUGAAGAAACCGUCGCCCGUAAAACCGAACUACACGCGUUUCGGUUUCAAAGUGAGGAAGGAUGAGAAGAGUAGCAAGGAGAGUGAAAUCAAAGCUGUGAUUCAAAAGACCAGAAUCGAAAGAGAUGCGGUUAAGGAUAGGAGGACUGCCAUUCAAGGUGUCCGAUCAAAUAGGAGAUUUGACUUGCUGAUGAAAUUGAGACAGAAAACAUAGUUUUUUUUGUGUUUAUAUUAAUGUUUCAUGACCCAACAAUUUUAUUUCAAAAAGAAAAUAAACGU